UGAGUCUCACAGCGAAAGAAGAUGUACACGUAGCCAGGGGAUCCCGGCACCGGCUUAUUUUUUUCAUCUCUGCCAAUCUGCAAGACAUCAACUAGGAGCAUUAAGUUUAUGGCAUUUUCUCCCAACACGCAGAGCAUCCAUUCAAUCUUCCGUGUACUCACAGGAAAUCUAUCAUGAAUGAACGAGUUCUUUAAAAUAAAAAAAAGAAGGGGAAAAAAAAAAGAGGCUCCUUCACUCCCUGAAUCCGGUAUUCAGCUGAGAGUGCCUUCAGCCGCCUUUCGUCUAUCACGCCUGCUUCAUUAAUAUUUCCUGCCCAGCUUUGAGGAACACCGGCGCUUCUACAUCAUUGGUUUUAACAACAUGAGCUGCGUGUGCGUGUGUGUGUGUAUGUGACAUGCAAAUCAAGUUGGACACUGUGGAGGAGUUGGGGCCCAGAUAGAUCGACUUGAAGCAGUCAGGAGCUCGGUAUUGGGAUAUUUCUUGUGGAGUGGACGAAGUGCUUGUGUGUUAAGUUUACAAGUAUCAGUCAGCAAAGAUCUUCACAUGGAUUUGUACUUGCAUCGACAUAAAUUACUCUUCAGCGCGGGUUUACAUGCAUACUGAAUAGUGCUCAAUUGCAUUUUCUACCUUCUAGAAACACCUAAAUGAAAAAGGCAUUGGAGGAAAGAAGCUCAUUUUGGAUUUAUAAGCUUGCUGGACUAAAUGUAAUCUUUGAAAUUUCUGGUGAUCACACUUAAAUUCAAGAGAACUUCACUUUGAGGAUAAAGAUAUUGGGAAGUAAUAUCAGUGACAGUUUCAUCAUCAUCAUCAUCAGCAUGGAUACCUUAUGUUUUCUGGUUCUGCCAGUGUGUCUGGAGUUAAUCUUUGCACCCCUGGCUGGGGCGAUAGGCGGGAUGUUUGGAGAUUCUUCAACGUCAUUCAGCUACUCCUGGAGUACAGGUCCAUGGGGUCCAUGUAAUGGCAACCAGUGUGGUUUUGCCGGUAGCCAAACCCGUCACGUAUGGUGCACCCACCCAGUACUCGGCACUCAGCCACCGUCCAAAUGCGACCAAGUCACCAUGCCUGAAAGUCGCAGGAACUGUUUCAAAGUCUGCGAGGAACACCGGCACCUCUUUGCCUGGCUGGCCGGUGACUGGGAGAAAUGCCAACGGACAGUAGACACGGGACCCCUAGAGUGCGGGGAGACUUCCCUGGGCAUGAAAUCCCGGGCCGUCAAGUGCGUGGACACUAGCACGGGCUUUCUGAAGGAGGAGACGCGGGAGGUGGUGCCGCAGUACAUCUGCGAGCAGUUUGAGAUCAAGCCCCCGACGGAGAUGGAGUGCUUCACCCCGUGCCCGCAGAACUGCAUUGUGGGAGCGUUCAGCAAGUGGAGCGAGUGCACCAGCACCUGCGGCAACGGCACGCAGACGCGCACCCGCGAGGUGGUGGUGCCGCCCAUCCACAGCGGCCGUAGCUGCCCCAAUCUCAGCGAGACCAGGAUGUGUAAGAACAAUCCACCGUGUGAGAGCAACGAGUUUACGUACUUCACUAAGGUGGGGACCUGGAUGAAGUGCCAGCCUCCAGCUCGGGGAACAGGGAACAACAGACUACCGGGCAUCGGGCUACAGUUGAGGACCGUAUCAUGCCUGAAGAAUAAUGGAGAAAAGGUGGAUGAUGGCCUGUGCUACCAGUAUGAAAACGAAAACAGCCUGGUGCCGUCCAAGUUCCAGUCUUGUCUGGUUCCCCGUGACUGUGCCACCACCAGCUGGUCUACCUGGAGCACCUGCCCUAACCCCUGUAAGUCCCGACCGGACCCGGAGUCGGGGACAGUGUACAAGGAGCGCAAGCGCAGUGUCACCGUAGCUCCCUUAGGAGGCGGGACGCUCUGCCCCAAGCUGGUUGAAAGGCUUGCCUGUCCAGCGUCGGAUGAACCAAGGAGACUGGAAUGCCCAACCUAUGUGUGGCACUCCACUGAAUGGAGCGAUUGCAGCGUGGAUGCCGUCCUCAGCCCAUAUGAGAAACUACACUUUGGCAAUGAUGAACCACUUUGCGGUGGAGGGAUGCAUCAGAGGGAUGUCUUCUGCACUAUGCUUAAUGAUACUGGUACUGAUCUGGCUCCGGUGUCGCCUUCCCUCUGCAACCCCAACACCAAGCCAGAGCUGAUAAGCCCAUGUGAGGUGCCCUGCCCAUCCACCUGCCAGGUCACACCCUGGAGCCAAUGGAGCGACUGCAUCUCGGAACAGUGCAGCCCUGAAAACAACAAAAAACUCAAAGGUCACAAAAUCCGCACCAGGGAGGUUGCGGUGGAAGCAGAGGACGGCGGUGAAGACUGCCCUCACCUGACGGAGUACGUGCCCUGCGACAUCGCCAUCUGCUUCAAAUGGCACGCGGUGGACUCGGGAGAGUGCAUACCGGCGGACAGCACGGCCCGCUGCGGCCAAGGAGAACAGGAGCUGAACAUCACCUGCCUGGACAUGAAUCAAAACGUGGUUGAUGAGGACCUGUGUUCGAGUAUAUCACCCAAACCAGAGACCCAGGUCCAGUGUUGGGUACCAUGCCCCAAUGACUGUGUCGUGGGGGAAUGGGGAGCUUGGAGCCCCUGCAGCAUGGUGUGUGGUAAAGGCGGAGUCCAGACGCGAUACAAGAACAUCAGGGCAUAUCCUGGACCAGGAGGCUAUGAGUGUCCUAUGCCCCAGCAUCUGAUAGAGACGCGAGCCUGUAACGACCACAGCUGUGCACACUUUGCAUGGAGGACGGAAAAAUGGAGCGAAUGCAUCAGCGGUCUGAGACCUGUGCAACUAGAAGGUGUGGAAGGGAUGUGUGAGGUGGGACGCCAGACUAGGACCAUGGAGUGCUAUAGGACGUUGCAGGACAAAGUUGCGCCAGAGAAGAGAUGUGGUGAGCAGGGUAAGCCAGCCAGUGUGCGAGAGUGCUACAUACCCUGCCCUCAGGACUGUCGAGUCUCCAGCUUUGGCGAGUGGAGCGCUUGCCCGCAAUCCUGCGAAACUGGUAUGGGUUUCCUGCAUGAGCGAGACCGCUUCGUUCUCCAGCCAGUCAGGCACGGUGGCCAGCCCUGCCCCCAGCUGCAGGAACGUCAGGUCUGCCCAGUCCCAGAUUCCUGCUACUCCUACCAGUGGGUACCCAGCCUCUGGAGUGAUUGCCAGCUGCCUUUGGGAAGGCAGAGGGGUAGCUGGGAUCCCUGCGGCGAUGGUCUCAAAACAAGAGAGGUGCAGUGUCAACGCGAGGGAGGCAUGCCGGUUGACGUGGACCUGUGCCUGCGCUACGGCCCACCCAUGCCAGCUGCGGCUGAGAAAUGUCGCAUCCUAUGUGAAGGGGAAUGCGAGCUGACCGAAUGGCCCCGCUGGAGUGUCUGCACGGACAACUGCAAUGGACGCAGGAAUCGUAAACGACGCUUGAUAGGCCAGAGUCGCCGGACCCCAGAGUGCGACAACCCCGAGAUCUACCCACUCAUCGAAUAUCAGCCCUGUCGCUGCCACACCUACACCCUGGAGCCCAUGGGGGUGUGGUCCAACUGCUUCAUAGAACCCUCCCAGUUCAAAGUUUCCCCCGAGGCUGGGGGUCUGAUGGGGGAUUCGGCUGGGGGUGUGUCGGGCGGUUGCGGUCUGGGGGUGAAGUACCGGGCAGUCAUGUGUCUGGAUGAGGAGAGACGAAUCGUGGAUGUUGGAAAGUGCGGCGCUGAAACUGACUUCACGGUAGAGAUGUGUGACAUACUCUGCCCAGAGGACUGUGAGCUAAGCCCUUGGUCAUCCUGGAGCGAGUGCAGCGAGACGUUGAACGUCGGCCAGAGGGUCCGAUGGCGGGAGAUCCUCCAGGAGGGAUCAGAAGUGGGUCGGCCCUGCCCGAUCCCUGACCGAGGCAACAGGAUGUACCAGAGGAUGCCGUGCCGUUCAGAUGCCCACAGUCGCCUCUUAUGGUACACAGGAACCUGGCACGAGUGUGAAAUGCCCCUGAACGGAAGCUGUGGGGAUGGCCACCAGAGAAGGGAAGUCCGAUGCAAGAUAGAUGGUCCACCGGGUUUCUAUGGUCCCGAUAACAGCUCCAGUCUGUGUGACCACCGGUUCCGGCCACCAAUGACCCGUUCAUGCUCCAAGCCCUGUCCAGGGGAGUGUGCGGUCAGCGAUUGGUCAGAGUGGGCACCUUGUCCUCAGGAUUGCGAGAACGUCAGCUUCCACACCCGCACCCGCGUCGUUCUCCGCCGUCCCACUUCGUCAACCGAGGGCAGCAUAACCUGCCCGCCACUGACGCAGGUGGAGCCUUGCAACAUGGGGGACAGCUGCGUGACGUACCGCUGGAACGCCACGGACUGGGGCUCUUGCGUCAUGGAGCCCAGAGGGGCAUGUGGGACAGGCAAAAAGAUCCGCUUGCUCCAGUGUCUACAGAGUAACGGCUUGGAGGUGGAGAAUUCCAUCUGUGACAAGCUGGACCUACCCAAGCCAGAGACUCUGGAGGCAUCUUGUCACGUGGAGUGCCCUGGGGAUUGCAUCUUGAGCCCCUGGACAGAGUGGGGCAAAUGCACCCAGGCCUGUGGACACAGCGUUGGUCGGACACGGAGUCGCACCGUCCUGAGAUCAGCUAAUUCAUUAGGUCGUCCCUGUGCUUCAUCUCUGUACCAGUGGCGGCCGUGCAAGCCCAGCCCAUGCUACCGAUGGGUGACAGGACCCUGGGGACAUUGUCUACCUAGGGGUGGUGACUGUGGCAUUGGAUGGCGACAGCGUAACGUCACAUGCCAACAGGAGGACGGUGUCCUAGUCAGUGAGGAACUGUGCCAGACUGGCAUUUAUCAGAGCAACAUCAAUGUCACAGAACUGGGACGAGAACGGCUAGAGAGAGAGCAGCCGUGCAACAUCCCUUGCCCCAGUGAAUGUCAGCACACACAGUGGAAUACCUGGAGUGAUUGCUAUGUGUCCUGUCUUCAAGGAAGAACAGUAGGUAAUGAGGGCAUACAGGUGCGAUCCAGAGCAGCCCUUGGGCCAGAUAGUGGAUGUCCCACCGACCAACUGGAGAUCAGACCAUGCAGUGGGGAGACAUGCUACGAGUUUCUGUGGCAAACUGGCCCGUGGAGGAAAGGCAAGCGAGAGGUGUGGUGCCAGAGAUCGGGCGGACUCAAUGUCACAGGACCCUGCCUGAUGGAUAUGAAACCCAGUACAAUGGUCAUCUGCGAGCCAGAUUGUACAGUCAUGCAUUCCUUCUGCAGUGAAGACAAUAUGUGUCUGUGCAAGCUGGGAUAUGCGGCCAAGUUCAGUGAGACUACCGGCGAGUUGAUAGAAUGCACAGACGAGUGGAUCAUGAUACAGGACGGAGAUGGAGAACACAGGACGCCAGACCAGACCGUUGGAUCCAACCAGCCCAACCAAGCAGCCACUACGGAGAAUAACACCGUGGCUAAAGGGAAGGAGGGAGACGCGGAGUCUAAGGGAUUCUUUGAGAGUAUCCCACCCUGGGGCUAUGCCAUAGUGGGCUGUGUGGGACUUCUCAUUCUAGUCAUUAUCAUUGUCGUUGCCAUCGUUUAUGGCUGUCGAAAUGCCAAAAGGAAGGAAGAAGAGAAGAGGAAAUACCAGCACGCGGCCGACUACUCCAUUUACUGGGACGACAACGCCAAAAAGAAAUACAACGGCGAGGUAGACCUUUGAUGACCCCCACCAUGUGCUUUACGUGGGCUUCGGCCUUUCCUUCUAUAAGUUGUCUCCCUGUUUGUAUAAAGAUUUUUUGAAAACUGUUAAUGUAACUUGGUGUCGGUCACAACCACUUUUCCUACUGAUCCCACCAAAGUUGGGGAAGAAAGAUAUGAGAAAAAAAACGGGAAAAAAAACAACAUACUUUCAGCUAACUACCCUGUAUCUACCAAAUUUUUUUUAAACAUUUUUAGAGUAUUUUGAUGGAUGAAGAGGGAGCAACUAUGUUUCCCAAUUUUGCAAUUCCAGUUACAUUUGAAAUUCAAAGCAUAUACCAUUUGGUUACUUAAUUUUGUUGGGUUUCGGUGGAUUUGGGGGAGUUCUUAAAAUAGGCUAGCCAUGAUUAAAAUGGUUAGGUACGUGGAAGGGCUAUGUACAUUUGAAAUCGGGCAAGGGUGUGAACGUUAAGCAAGAUGUAUCAAAAAUAAUUGGGGAAAGUUGUUUAACAUUAUCCUUCAAUAUUGGUGUUUUUUUUGGUGGGGGAGGGUGUUUUGCCCAUGAGAACAAUGUAAAUAAGAUAAGUACAACUCAAUGUAAUAUUUGCCUGUCUUUGCCUCCAUGUUUUUCAAGAUAUAUUUUGACUUCACUCUUUUCAAAACAAUUACACCAAAAAUUUAAAAAAAAUCUUUUUCAGUGAUUGAAAAGCUCAACGAGAGAAAUGGGCAAAACAAAACCACUUCCAAGUAAUAUUUGAAAAAUAAAGUCUCGAUGGAGAAGCCACUUUUAUUGCAAUUAAUUGAUAGGCUGGUUCUAUGCAAUUAUGAGUGAGAAAAAAAAUCAAAUUAUUUUUUGAAAAUUAGUUUGUAAAUUGUUCAUUGAAUGUGACAGUAGUUUGCGUUGUAGUUCAGUCCAUCGGGUUAUCAUUUUCACUGAAAACGUAGGCCCACCCAAUGAAACUAGAAUUAAAGGUUAGUGUUAGGCUAAAAAAAAAACAAUUCAAAGACUGAAAAGAAAUCUGUAUGUUAAGUCGGUUGGUCAUGACCUAGAAAAAUUAUAGUUCAGAUUUUAUAACAAAGAGAACAGUUUUGAGGUAUACAGAUUAACUUGACGUUAUCUUAUGCAACCUAGAGAUUUUCUGAGACGACCUUGUCCAUUUCUUAACUUAUUUAAUUUAUUCACCUUGUGGUUUAGUAAGACAGUAAUUUUAUCCGUUUUUUAUACAUUGAACAUAUGUAAAUAACAUCUGAUGUAAGACAAAGUAGUCAUAAAUAUAAGAAAACACUGUGUAUCUCUGUGUUUCAACAGAGGUUACAUGAUAAGGCUAUGAUAUAUAUUUAUUGCAGUUUUGUUUUGUGUUUUGUAUUUUUAGCGUGUUUCUGCUGUUGACUGUUGAGUCUUAUGGUAAAAGACCAUCAUUUUGAAGAAAAAAAAUCCACGUUAAAAUAAUCACCCUUGCCUUAAAUGAAUACAGUCACAGAUUUUAGAUAUUUUUUACAGUGUUUUAGUGAUAAUGUCGACAUUGACAUCGCAGUGAUAUCAUGUGAACUUUGGCUGUUUUACAAGGGUUUUCUCAGUGAACUGAAGAUUUUGACCCUUUUGUUGCUGUAGAUUUAUGAUUUUCAACCCAGGUAUACCCUCUCAACCCUUGUCCCGAUCACGGAUGAUUUUUAACUUGGAGAUUUUGGAUCGUCUGAAAGGUCCUUCAGUGUCAGUAAACAGUCCAAGAAGUUGUUGGUUGCAUCCAAAAAAAUUCUUGUCCUCGGAUAUAUAUUUGAACUGUACCACCAACUGUUACAUUACCCCACAUUUUAUAUGAGACAAGUUUUACAUGAGGUCAUUACAAACAUAAUCUAUGUACAGAUUCAAAGUUGUUUUAAAAAAAAAUGUGAUUUUGUUAUUUCAAAAUUGUGAUUUUUAAGUUGAAACUUAAGAUGUACAUGAUAACUGUUGCAUAUUUAUUUCUGUGUAGAAACGCUUCUUUGUACACUUGCCGUAUUUAUGUUAAAGCCUUUGAGGCAGAAGCUGCUUGUUUUCGUUUUUAAGCGGUUUUUAAGUUUCUUGGGAUCAGUUUUUACAUUGUCCAUUUUGCAGGCAGUUUUGUCACAAAUUGAAAUCAGAAGACCUCAAUUUUAAACCAUCAUUUUUUGGUGCUUUCUAAUGAUAAGUUUGUAUUUUUAGCCUUAGUGGUGAGUUUAGAAAGAGUGUCUUUCCAACCGGGGUGAAAUGAUCAAACGGGGGAAAAAGUAAAUGCAAUAAAACUGUAUAUUUGAUAAUGAAUGACGAAUGAACAGAACAUGUAAAAAAAAAAAAAAAGACAAAUGAAGAGAGAUUUGAAUUCAUGUUUUACACUUCUAAAUUGUACCAUGGUAUUUCUGAAUUUUAAGAUUGUUGGCUUCAUAUAACAUGGAUGUUAUCUGUACCGAGUUUUUUAAACAUGUUUUUUGGGCAACACUGGUUACCAGCUGUGGUUACGCUGUGUCAAAAGUCGGACACAAAGUCUAAAAGGUGCAGUAGAGUACGCAAAAAAAAAAAACAUUUUAAGUGCAACUUAUAAAUAUGUGUAUUCAUGAUCUGUACUGCUAGAGUAGAACGUUGAAACCUGGACCAAAUGAUGUAGCGAAUUGGUAUGUAACGCAGGUUUUUACAAAAAUGUAUUAUUUUAAAGGCACACCAUGAAACAUCCAAUCAGUAAAAUUGUAUUUGAUUUUAAUCUGUAUGUAAAUUGAGAAUAAUAAACAUAAAAAAUUGAUCCAA